AUGGAUCCAUUCUCGAGCAAUCGUCUACGGGAAUGGAAAUUGGAAACAACCUACGAUGUCUCGGGAAAUCGGUACCAUCAGCGGUCUUCGGGCCCAGAGUCCUGGAAACCCGUGAAAUGUCUGGGUAGCGGGUCAUUCGGGGAUGUUUGGGAAGAACACUGCAUGUCGGGGCAUUCACAGAACGCGGUGCGCGCGGUGAAAAAACUUCAGAAGCGCCAGUCAAAGUUCCUAGAGAUGUCUCGACGGGAGCUUGACGCUCUAGUUACAUUUUCUGACCCUCGUGUCCCUGAGUAUACGAAAUAUUUUGUGCAGUUCCUCGGCUGGUUUGACGACAGUGAUUCCUUCUUUAUUGCAAUGGAAUUUUUGGCGCAUGGUGAUCUUCAGAAAUUCAUUACGAAGCCUCUUCCCGAGCUCGAAGCGGCAUCGAUUGUGGGUCAAGUCGCCCAGGCGCUCCAAUAUCUACACAAAAAGUCAUUCGUGCAUCGUGACAUCAAGCCCUUGAAUAUUCUGGUUUCCUCCCCGGGGCCUACCUGGCACGUCAAAGUUGCCGACUUUGGAAUCGCAAAAAACAUAGACGGGACUGCACUCGGAACGCACUACAUCGGAUCAUCUGGGUAUAUGGCGCCGGAGCUAUACGGAGAUUCUUCAGAUGAAUACACGGCAGCUGUCGAUAUUUGGUCACUUGGCGCGGUAAGCUUUUGCUUGCGCACUGGCUAUCCUCCUUUCCGCACUAUCAAGCAGUUGAUGGACUAUGCUCGAGAUCAUAGAGUUCACUUUCCCAUCGGGCCGCUAGGGACCUCAAGUGGGUUCUGCGUGAACUUUGUGUUUGGUUGCAUGCAGGAGCUCCCCGAAAGACGAUUCACUAUCGAGCACGUCCUUACCCACGAAUGGCUGACGAUGCAAGCGGCCGCUCCUGGAGGUCCCGUAAUAAGCGAUGAUUCGGCAACAAAUUCGAUGACGUGGAAUAUAGCUCCAUCUAACGCCUGGUCAAAUACAUACAGCAGCACUGACAGCCAACAAACACAAUCUCUUUCACCUUCGACACCUAUGACAGAACCUGAAAGCGUGAGUUCAUCUUCUGUAACCCCCAAAAUCAAGAAGGAUCAAACGCCAGGGGAUGAACUAUUUGCUGAGCUAGCAGAGCUCACGGUAAGAGACAGUGAAGAGGGACCGGAUGGCAGAGUUGACGAUAAAAUUCUGGCCAUGAAAACUAUGGCGGACCUUGCAGCAAGGCAUCUUCAGCACAAAAGAUAUCAAAAAGCGGAAAUGAUUGCAGAAGAAGUGCUCAUUCUGAAAGAAGAAGAGUAUGGCAAGAUGAGCUUGGAAGCAACCGAUUCGAUGGUCGACCUCGCCGUCAUAUAUCAUGAACAAGGCAAGUACAAUGACUGUGAAAGAGUUGAACAACAAGUUUUCGAACUGAGGCAGAAGCUCCUGGGUGAGAAACAUCCGGACACAAUUAAGGCUAUGCAGGCAUUAGCCAAAACAUACUCCAGGGAAGGCCGAGUUGCACAUUCAGAGAGACUUGCAAAACAGGCCCUCGAAAUCUCGAAGGAGGUGCUAGGAGAUAAUCAUCCGGACACAAUUAUGGCCAUGGAAGAUCUCUUAGUAUUUUAUCGCUCUCAAAUGCGAUUCACGGAAUCACAAAACCUUGCAUUUGAAGUCAUCAGGUUACGGAGUCUUCGUUUUGGCCCCAGUCAUCCUGAUACCUUAUUAUCAAUGGAGUCCCUUGCUGAGAACUUUACCGAACAAGGUAAAUAUGAUUCAUCAGCUCCUAUCCGAGAGAAACUUGUGGAGUUGCGAAAACAAGCAUUUGGGACCAAGGAUCAGGGUACUAUCUUCGCAAUGGAAGCUCUUGCUCUGACAUAUCGUGAAUUAAAAAAGUACAACGAGGCCGAGACAAUCUACGAAGAAAUAUGGGUGCUCCAAAGGGAGGCUCUCGGACGUCAUGACCCGUUGACUAUAAAAGCGUUGGAUAAUUUGACUGCAAUACAUCGCAGACAAGAUAGAGAAACAGGAACAAAUAAACAACACAGGCAAAACCCUCCAAUGAUUCAAGACAGCCUAGGAGAGUUUAAUAGGGUGAAAGCCAAGCAAAGACCUAACCUACGAGUGACUGUAAUCGCUGCUGAAGGUCUCUACAAGAAAGAUAUUUUCCGCUUUCCGGACCCAUUCGCCAGGUUCAAUGUACUAGAUGGUCCUACACCGGAGAAAAUUCAGGUUCAUCGAACAGAGGUGAGAAAAGCAACCCUGAAGCCGCGUUGGAAUCAGCGUUUCGACAUCAGGGUCAAUGAUGAUAGCAUAUUGGCAUUCGAAGUGCUUGAUCAAAAGAAACACAAGAAAAAAGAUCAAGGAACUCUAGGUGUUGUUAGUGUCCGGGUUGGCAAUGUGAUAAAUUUGGCCGGGGAUCCUGAACCUGGGAAACUUUUUCGAAUCUUGCGUCUCAGCCCAUCCAAUGGCAAAAUGAUUGCCCACGGAGUGCUGAUGAUAUACCUCUCGACCGACCUUUCCGAACCCCUUGUCAAAGAAGCCUCCACGUCCGAGCCCAUCGCCAGUACUAUACCACCUUCCAAACGGGAAUCGAGCAUCUCAUCAAGCCCCGUGAGACCCCCAAAUGUCAAUCCUUUUCAGGACACUCAGGGUUUUUUACCCGCUGGCUGGGAAGUUCGGGAGGACUCUAGUGGUAGAGCUUACUAUGUUAAUCAUAUCACGAGGAAAACUAGUUGGACUAGGCCUGAUAAAAACCAAUAA